AUGACUGUUGUUUUUCCCUCCAUUCACUACAGCAAGAAACAACGAGUCCCCUCGUACACAGAUCGAAUUCUCUACAUGGCACACAACGAUUUUGCCCUGGAGCACAAUGUCAAAUUGGACGAGAACGGACGAAAGAUGCCACAGGCAAUGCGCAAGAAACCCUCACGUGGCGGUCCAUCGACAUCCAAUUGUGGAGUUGGUUGUGAGGCCACCGAAGAUUCUCCGGAGUUGAAGCUGCUGGCUUACAACUACUUGCCCGAGUAUGUCUGUUCAGAUCAUCGACCGGUGUUUGCUAAGUUUGAAGCCCGCGUUCCAUGCUCGUGGUUCCAAUUGCCCGUGAAGUUUAUUCAGAACUCGAUGCCUGAAGUUAGGGAUCGUCAGCUCCAUAUCCACCAAUACACACCCGGUGGGUGGAGUGGCCAACAGCACCAGUUCGGGCUUCUAGUUGAUAAAGGCGGUGGUGGUGGUGGUAGACUUCGAAUCGCUCCCCGGAUCUCUCUUGGAUCCAACAUUGAGGUUCACCCAGUGAAUAAUGAUCUAAACUUCCUCUAUGUUGCCCUCGAUCCACCUCCACUUAACACAGGAGGCCUCGCCCGUACUCGAAGACGUUCACGUCAACACCAACAGCAUUUCUGUUCCAUUCGCGCCUCUUCAAACGAUGGCCUCGUUCGUCACUUCAGCACAAUUGAUCGCAUGCGCUCUAAGAAAAAAGGUGGAACUAGCGACAGUCAAGAUGAUGUUAGUGUGGGAAGGAUGGAACUGCACCCAGUUGAGAUCAAACUUCUAAGUGAAAAAACAAGGCGCUUGAGUGUGUCCUGUGAAGGACUGGAAAAACUGCACCCACCUGCAGCUCUUCAAGUACGUGGAAAAGACUGGGUAUCGGUGUAUCCUGCUGGGUUCUAUAACAUCUGGAAGGAUGGGCUAGCCUCUGUUUACUGUUCCACCUCCUCUCUAUCUAACAAGGAUGGGGUGUUGGAUAAAAUUGUGGAAGGUAGCAUGAAGAGGAGUGAGAAAAUGGAUAUUGUUCUGAAUCGUAUUCCUCCAUCGGAUAUUCAUGAUAAGUACAGUCUACUCAAAGGGAAGGUGGAUUCAAGCGUUCUGCAAAGAUGUCGAUCUGAAUCAGUCCAACUGGUCUAUUUCUCGAAAUACAAGAACUGUCCUCAAGGUUAUAGUGAUAUGAUCAAGGUUGGUUUUUUGCUACUUUCGUUUAUUUAA